GUUAGACUUUCGACAGCGUAUACGAGCAUCUGAAGUCCUCUCUAUUAUCAACAUGGCGCCACGAAACCGAAUCAUCAUCGACACGGACCCGGGUGUCGAUGAUAUUUUGGCUAUCCUUCUUGCCUUUGCGGCCAAGCCAGAGGAAUUAGAAGUUCUGCUGUUGUCUCUGACCUUUGGAAACGUUGAGGUCCAAAGCUGUCUCAGAAAUGUUGUCACUUUGUUCCAUUAUAUCGAGAAAGAGCAGACAUGGCGGAGGGAAAACGGCAAGCCAGAGGGGUUUGAGGCGUUGAAGGCUUGCAAGCCUAUCGUGGCUGUUGGAGCAGAGGAGCCGCUUGCAGAUCAGAUUAUGCUGGCAGAUUAUUUCCACGGCAUCGAUGGACUCGGAGGCAUCCACCACAGCCAUCCUCACCUCACGCCAGCGGAUACUUGGAAGUCCCUCUUCAAAGCUGCUGCCUCUUCCUCAGACCCUGAAGAAGUUUCCGCAGCGAAUGAAGCUCAAGACCCAUCCCAUGCUCUCUUCACGCCCUCUACCAAACCCGCGGCGGAAGAGAUGCUUCGUCUACUUCGCGAAAACGAGCCAGACACCAUUACCAUUGUAGCCAUUGGGCCACUGACUAAUCUUGCAAUUGCUGCUUUUAUUGAUCCUGAGACCUUCCUCCGUGCUAAGGAGGUUGUGGUUAUGGGUGGUGCGAUUGAUGUUCCAGGGAAUAUGACCCCUGGUGCCGAAUUCAACACCUAUGCCGACAGCGUCGCCGCCGCCCGCAUCUUCGCUCUCACAUCUACCCACCCCCGCAUGACCAUGCCGCCAACACCGCCUGGCAACCAGGACGCUCUCCUGGCGCCCUAUCCGACGAAGCUGUCCCGGCAACUGAAGCUGACGUUGUUCCCGCUCGACAUCACAACCCCCCACGCCCUCACCCGCGGCACCUUCACCGCACACACCCUCCCCCUCCUGGCACCCUCCUCCCCCCAAAACACGCCCCCUCUAACCUCCCCCUCCCCCCUCGCCACCUGGACCGCCGCCUUCCUGGCCCCCACCUUCGCCAAAAUCGCCUCCCUCGACGCCGCCGCCCGCACCGCGCCCCCGGACGCCGUCGCGCUGCAGCUGCACGACCCGUGCUGCGUGUGGUACGCCAUGGCCGCCGCCCCCAGCGUGGAGUUCCCGGCGGUCGUGAAGGAUGUCCGGGUCGAGACGGCGGGGCAGUGGACGCGCGGGUUUUGCGUGGUGGAUGGGCGGGGGCGGCAGCGGAUGGAGGAGGAGGAUGAUGGGGGGGAUGAAGAGGGGGAGGUGGAGGUGGAGAAGGAGGUGGUGGGGGAUCAUGGGCGCUGGCUGGGCGGCCGGGGGAAUGCGGUGAGGGUGUGUGUGGGGAGUCCCGGGUUUGAUGUGUUCCAGGGGGUGCUGUUGGGGCGGGUGUUUGGGACGACGACGACGACGACGACGACGGGGGCGGGGGGCGGGGAGUUGUUUGAAGUGAGGAAGUGA